AUGAGGAGUUUUAAGCUUUCACAUUUCCAACUCCUGUAUCUUCUAAUAGCAGGUUUAUCAGAAUGCAAAGUGGCGACACAGAGACGCUGCAAGCAGGUUCAUCAGUUGAACAUAAACUGUGUUCAGGGUGACAGCAUGACUAUUUCUUGCCUAACCACAACCCACCCGCUGGAGUCUCUAACAGUCAAACUACACAAGAAAACCCAAGAUAAAGACAUCCUGAUAUAUCCAGACAUCUCUCCAGCAUCAGAGCACCAGAGAUGGUCUGUGAGGAAAGAUGAUGGAAAUGUUACACUUGAUCUGAAAGACAUCAGAUUAUAUGAUGAUGGCUUUUAUGACUGUCAGGUCUACAAGGAUCAGGACUGCCUUCAUUCAACUCGAUUUAACCUGAGGGUCAAAGAGUGUAAAACUUUGGACUCUGUCCAUCCAACACCAGGCUCAUCGGUGUUGCUGCCAUGCUCUGAACAACCUCUUCAAAACAGAACUGAACGAGUCACUUGGAAAGUCAUUACUGGUCAUCAAUCAACAGAUAUAUCUCACUAUCGGCCACCAAACAAGCCCUCAAGCAGCACAGAGAAACUCCUGAAGCCUCUGUAUGAGAGAGCGAGAAAACUAGCAAAUGGAUCCCUGCUUAUAAGGGAAGCAGUCCACACGGAUGAAUUGUGGUAUCAGUGCAGAGUGAAUGAAAAAACCUGCUAUGAAGUGAAGCUGCUGCUGAAAGGUGUGUUGGAAUGCAAUGAUCCAACCCCAGAGAACAGUACGGUUGGUCAGACAGAAGACAACAACAAUUACGGGAGUGAAACAGCGAUAACUAAUUCGACAGUAGUAGUGAUGAUCACAGUAGUGUCUCUGUGUGUUCUCAUAUCACUGACCAUCUGUGUCAUUCUGUAUUUCAAAAAACGAAGACGCAAAAUCGACAGCCAAAUUGAUUUGAACUGUCAGGCUUCCGUGUAUUAUUCUGAAAUUUCAGGAGUGUUGGAUGUGCCUUUGCAUUCUUUAGUUCAACAUAACACAAACCAUGACCACCUCUGGUGUGAACAAACAGAAGCUCCUGCAUGUAAUCCAGACAACAUUUACGACAAUAGAAUGCUGUGA